AUGCGAUUUUUCUCUUCACUGCCUCCUCACAUGGAGCUUGCGUUUCCUGCUCUCUCACCCACCAUGAAGGCGGGUAACAUAGCCAAGUGGAUGGUGAAAAUCGGGCAGAAGAUUGCUCCCGGAGACCAUCUCUGUGACGUGGAGACAGACAAGGCGACCAUGGCGUGGGAGGCUCAAGAGGAAGGAUACGUUGCUGCGAUCCUUAAAGAAGACGGGGCCUCAGACGUGGCCGUGGGAGAGAUCGUUAUGGUGGUAUGCGAGAGCUUGUCUGAUGUCAGUGCGUUUGAAAACUUCAAGCCAUCAGCGCCACAGGCAGCAGCAGCUCAGGCAGCAGCACCGCAGGCCGCAGCCCCUACGCCCAAGGCGCCACAGCCUGCGGCAGCAUCAAAGCCCGCUCCUGCUCCUGCAGCAGCAUCUGCAGAAGGUACCAGCGUGACCUUGGACGGGAAUUUGCUUCAGCAGCUGAAGGCAAAGAAGUGGGCAUUCUCGAAAGAGUUUGGUCUUCCAGCUGCUCAGUGCAAGUACUACUGA